GUUGAUCACUUGACCAUCAGUGGAUGCUUAGUGUUUUUGACAAGUUUUCGAUUUAUAUAUAUUUCUUUUUCCUUUUUUUGUCCUCCUAUGCUGCACUUAACGGAUUUAUUACAACUUAGCAACGGAUUCGACCAAACUCAUAUGAUAGUAGCGACUUAAUAAUAUUAACACAGACAUUUUAUAUAAAAAUUGCAUAUUUAAAGUGAAUAAUCUGUUUUUUUUGUGGGGUUUUUUGUACAUUUUAAUUGUUUUCUGGAUAGGCUAAGUUAUACCGUCGUGUUUCAUAGUGGACCGUGUCUGUUCGAGCUGACAAGACUUCCAUAUGUUUUCCAAACAUUAAAAAGAUAUAAACUGUUUUAACUAUAAACAUAGCGUAUUAAAACCAGACUACGCUGAAUAAGUUAUGGGAUAUGGCUACACCAGAGCUGAUGCUGAGCCUUGGACUAAUUGAGAAGGAUGUAAAUGCAGACACACUUUGGGUUUGGUGUUAUCCUUCCAUCGAUGCUGAUCUUCGAGAAGUGAUGUUGAGAAAAUGCUGCUUGACGCUGGACAAUCAGGUACUGCACACCUUUGUAUUUGGACAGUACUGUCGGACGUGGUACUACAUCACCACUGUCGAGGUCCAGGAGCCCACUGUGCUUAAAAAGGUGACACAUUUCUCAAUAGUUGUCACAGCUAAGGACUUCAACCCUGAAAAAUACGCUGCAUUCAGUAGAGUUCUGUGCAGGACAUACAUGAAACAUGGAAGUCCUGUGAAGAUGAUGGAAGGCUACAUUGCUGUUCUGACUAAAGGAAUAUGCCAGAGUGAUGAGAACGGCUCUUUCCUUCUUAAAGAUUAUGAUGUCAGGAAGGCUCUCCUGGCUGGCUCUUUAAAAGAUGUUGUGUCACAGUUUGGUAUGGAAACCAUCAUCCUAUACACAGCACUAAUGCUGAAGAAACGAGUGGUGGUGUAUCAUCCACGAAUUGAGGCACUGCUGGAGUUCACAAGAGCUCUUCCUGGUCUAGUGUGGCAUAGGAAAGAUUGGUCCAUCCUUCACCCUUUUGUUCACCUGGACAAUGAUGAGCUGGAAAACCUAAAGGUCUGUACAGGGUAUGUGGCAGGGUUUGUCGAUCCUGAAGUCAGAGACCGAUCAGACUUGUAUGAUGUGUUUGUUAAUCUUCCAGACAGUGAGAUUACUGUUUCACAAAAUGCCAAAGAGGCAAUGUCAAUGGGGAAACUCCAUAAAGAGAUCGGCAACUUCAUAGUUCAGGCUGCAGAGGACGCUGAUCGCACAGAUGCACAGGUUAUUAAGGAGAUUUCAGUCAAAACUAAAGAGAUCCUCAGUAACUUGAUGUCUCUGGCUGAUGAUGCAGACAACUCUAAACUGACUUUGGAGAGUCUGAAGCAGCGGCACUAUCCUCCAGCGACUGAGAACUUCCUGUUUCACUUAGCAGCGGCUGAGCAACUGCUGAAGAUCUGAACAGUCGCUGGAUCCUGACCCACAGGCAUGAACACAUUCAGGAAUUUACCAUUUACAGUGAGAUCACAUAUUGAACUGGAACAUUCAAAAGAAUAUUGGUCUAAUUUUGAAGAUGCGAGCCGGUCAUAUAGAAAUAUAAAGGUAUAAAGACAUACAAAAUAUAACUACAAACAGUUAAGACACCCUAUUAAAUUAUGUUUCUUUUUAUAUCAUAUUAAGACAUUAAAAAUGAUCUGAAAUCUGGCAGGUCUUAAAAUUUCGGAAAUAAAACCUCAGAUGAACAACAACAUGUAGUAUUGACAGAAGUCAGGCACUGCUAAUCAAAUGCCUGAAAUUAUCAUUGGGGGCCUUCAGGUGUUAACAAUACACAUCUGAGCUGAAAUCAUUUCAUGCAACAAGUCAAUGAUCCCAAGCAAAUCGACAACAGUAAGAAAAAAUGUCAAGUGUUGCAAUAGUCCCGUCAAAAUCCAAACCUCAUCCUCACAGAAAAAUUGUGUGGGGAUGAAAAAACUCCAAAAGUCCUCCAGAAUGUUCUAAAAGACUGAUAAUGUCUUAAGGACAAUCAGUACAUUAAGGCCCAAUCCCAAUUCUAUCCCUUCCCCUUCCUCUUGGCCCUUGAAACAGAGUGUGAAGGGGACGGGCUUCAAAAUUUACCGCUAAGAAAUGGCAUAACACUACAACACCUGCACAGGUCGCCAUAUGUCAUUAUGAUCUCUUGCUUCAUAUGAGAUUGAUGACGGAGACCGCUGUAGUUAUUCCAGUUGCACUAUUUUUUUGGUAUUUAUCUUCAGGAAAUCACUGAAGGCAAUGAUAUCAUGACGAUGUAAUGUGGCAAUAAGAUCGUAACUGUACUGUGUAUUUACACAGUGGCCAUAUUCAUCUAUGUAAACACACCAAAAACACCAUUAACAUUAUAGCAGACACUGUAAAAAGGUCAUUCACAGCCACUAGACUUUUCUGACAGGGUAUUCGAGUGUCUUCGAGUGACAAUGUUGUGGGACUGCUAUAUAGGAAUUUAGCAUUUGUUUUUAAAGCAUGAUUGUAGAACACGAACGCGGUUAUGAAUGUAUUAAAACAUGUGCUUGUUUGUUGUAAAAAUUCGUAAUGAUGACAAAAAUACUCAUUUGUGCAUCUCCUGACUUCUGUGUGCUGCCGUUGUGGCUGGUGUAUUCUGUGAAAUUUUCUUACCCCUUGGUUUCGAGUGUGGUCCUGGAAAAUCUCCAUUUCAAGGGCAAUCUAGCCCUUCACUUUAGCCCUACGCCUUCAAGCUAAAGAGAAUCAUGAACACUCAAAAUGAGGGGGAAGGGCUAAGGGGUAGAAUUGGGAUUGGGCCUAAGUAACUACUGCUAAAAGUGGAUCUACAGUAAUCGGAAUCAUAAACUAUCCUAAGUUUGUCACCCAUGGCUUUUAUAUCUUGGCUUUAUAUUGUAAAUAAUAACAUGGUGUGAUAUGUCAUGUGAUGUUGUUCAUCUGAGGAUUUAUCUUCCAAAUAUUAAAUCCUGCCAAGGACUAUGAAAACCAUGAAAUUCAAUAGGGUGUCCUAAAUUUGUUCAUGACUGCUUAACGUGUCUAUUUAAGAUUUAAUGCUGAAUGCGAUAUUUCUAAGCAUCAACACAGGUUUGAUUUAAAAAAAUAAUAAUUUUCAAACCUUUUGGUAGCACUUUGAUCCAAGUUAAGGAACAAUAUAUGCAUAAGCAUUCCUGAGGUAUCUAAUUAAGUUGUUCAUAAUCAUAGUUUUGCAUGCGGUUUUAACUUUUUUUUAAGAUUAAAACAUUGCACAUUGAUGUAAAAGGGCUCUCAGCUGCUUACUUCAUACAUAACUAAAAGACAUUUAACUGUAAAACAAUAAUAGUGUUGUUAAUGGCUAGUAUGCACACAGACUUUAAAUUUUCAGCCAGCCCAAGUGCUUCCAGUCACGCCAUGACAAAGUUUCCACGUUUAAGAUCUAAUUUCUUCAAAGAUCAGUGAUCUUCAGUGCCUGAUAGUUAUAUGAUAUAAAAUGGGUAUCAGACCAGGCAAGAUGCACUGCAUUAAAUUCAUUUUUUUGCACCAUGUCUUUAAAAUAUGGAAAUUUAUUUUACAAAUAUAAUUUUAAUGGAGUUUCUGCCUGCUGCUACUGACGGUGCUAGUGUUUACAUGGUCUUUCAUCUCAUUUUACGCUUGAACAACUAAAUGAAUGCUUAAGUCUAUUUAACAGAUUAUAUUUUAAUUACAUUACAUAAGGAAUAUACAUGCUGUAUAAGGAAACUUAUGAAAUUUAAAAUAGCCAUGUAAACCUUUCACUGGAAGUUUAUCAUUGGCUGAAAAACAGUAGCCGUGAAUAUAUGUCUUUGUUAAUCUAAAAUAGAAUUGGGUUCCAUUAAAUGCUGAAUGUAAAGAAAUUAAAUCCUGAAAAACCAGAGUGCCAAAAUGAUUGGAAUGAAUAUGAUUUUAAUUAACAAUCUGUAGGUAUAUUCCUGUAAAAGUACUUUUUAUUAAUAUAUAGUAUUUGAAAGUAUAAAUAUUCAUUCCUAAUUUUUAGAUUCCUAACUUUGUUCCCACAUUUUGCAUUUCCAUUGAGUGCAUAUAAUAUUGACAUUUACAUUCCUUUGUGCUUUUUGUUUAAUCUUCUUAAUGGUAAUCCCCUUGUAAUCAAUUACUAAUCUCUGUGCCUAAAGAGAUCCUGAAAGACAUUCUGAUCAUACAUGCAAUAUGUCUUGUAAUAUAUGAGGAUGGUCAGACUCUACCUAACUCAAACAUUGAUGUUUCCUCUGAUGUUUGAAUAAAUGUGAACAAUUAAUAUAUUUAAAACGUCCAAAAGUGAAAAAAGGGUCUGAUGACGUGAUGAAUGUUUAAGUGUCUUUUAGUAUUAUUUGUUCAGAUCCAUUUCAGUGAAGUGUUUAAACCAUUUUCAUCCUGAAAUGCAGCUAUUAAAUUAAUACAGAUUCAAAAACA